UGGACAACUAUUAUGUAACUUUUAAUUAAUUUCUGCUCUUUGAAGCUUAUUUAUACAUCGGCCUGUAUAAAUAGCACAAAAGCAACCGCUGGCUAUUUGUCUCUUUUGUUUAUAUGGCUCUAUUUUUUUUUAGUUUUGCAACACAGUGUUUGAUGUGACGGUGACUGCCAUCACUUGCCUCAGGAGAUAUUGCUCUUUUUGACGCCUGCUCCUUUCCAAUGUGCUCUCAAAUCAAUUUUUUAUUCUUUUCUUUCUAUCUGGACAAACGUGGUUCAAAUAAAAGCACUUUUCUUCCCGUCCGCAGUUUGAAUAUUCAAUAACUAGACUGUGGUUUGCGGCACAUUAUAAUUUGUUUUUCUUUCGUCAUUACGAAUUUUGAUUGAAUUUAUUGCGACAAAUAUAUAAAAAUGUGGCGAAUAUAGAGAAAUGUGAAAUCUUUUGAUGCGGGUGCGUCUGGGCCGGCCAUCUAUUAUUGCUGUCUGGAAUGGGUAGGGUCUACUAAUCAUUGUCUCUGAAUGAGUUAGUAAAAAAUCAAUUAUGUCUACAGGCGAAUAAAAACACCCACCAACCAACACUACCCGUCAUUGCCAUACAUGUUGACUUUGCAUAUUCGAUUUUACUCAUUCUGUCCUGCCAAUAUCGAAAUCUGGUGAAUUUUUUUAUUCCAUUUUGUGCUAAAAUAAUUCAGUGCUAAACAGUCAUGAUCGAGGAUGUAUAAUGGCAUCGUAUCUAUAAUUAAAAUCCCUAUUACGCACCCAUUAUUCACUGAUCCCACCCACACUACCUUCUACUGGAGUAACUCGUUUUAUGAUGCCAUGUGCCGUGGGGAUGAAGCGACAACAAAGGGAAUUGAAAUAGCCACCCGUCCCCAUCUAAACGCUGUUAUUUCAUCUAAUAUGGCUCUGCAAUCUAUGCAAGAAGAAACAAGAAUUGCUGGCAAAGAGUGGAAAAUGGAUGCGAAACCCGUCUCUGCCUGACUUAGAUCCUUUAUUCCCGCAGCCAAACAAAGAAUCUGAUCAGAAUCCGGCAGCAUCCUUGACAAAUCCCGGAAGAACUCAAGACCUGUCGUCGAAUCCCAACAUGCCUCAAUCAUCGAACAUGAUGACCCAGUCUAACCAAAAUUACAACUUUCAAGGGCCACCUGGAGGCAACUCAGUUACGAUGCCGAAUCAUAUAAAUGCGAGCAGCAAUCAGAAUACCAAUAACAGUAUGGGCAUGACAAAUAAUAUGAGUAACGUAAGCGGAAACUCAAACCUGCAAAUGACUGGAUCAAAUUUCUCGUCUGGGCAACAAAAUAACCAAGGCCAGUUUCCUGUGUCUUCUAUGAAUCAGCAAAAUUCCGUCAGCAAAAAUAACCAGGCUUCGUCGCCGUUUUAUCUGGGAUCAUCGUCAACCAGUAGCAUCUCCUCAAAUCAACCUGUCAGUCAGAAUCAACAGAAUCAGAAGUCUCAGGGUGAUUUGAGCCGACAGAAUAGCGUGACGAUGCCUGUUAACAUGCAAAACUCCUCGAAUCAGAAUAACCAGUUUAGCAGCCAAAACAACCAAAACUACUAUAAUAGCAGUGACCCAAGUUACAAUUAUCAAAAUCAAGGGCAGUAUAAUUCGAAUUCCAAUUUUAAUGCUAACAUUAACAGCAAUAACAUGAACAACAAUAGUAGUAGCGGGCUGUAUGUCUCGCCAUCCCCAACAAAUAAUUUUGGCUCUCAGACUAGUUUAGUAUCCCAUAUGCAACCCAACAACCAGCAAAUGUAUAGCAGCAAUACCAACUUGAACCAAAUAAAUCACGGUAACAUGGGUAAUAUAACUAACAAUCAACAGCAAAUCAAUAACUCGCAAUAUCAGCAAAAUCAACAACAGCAAUCUCCGUAUCAGCAAAAUUACCAAAACAACGGCGCUUCCACAAAUAAUUCGGUCCUUAAUAACCCUACAGGGAACAAUAUGACAAACAUGGGAAAUCCCGGAAUAACUCAAGGGCAGUUUGCGCCAAACGGAAACUUGGUUAAUAAUCAAAACAUGCAGAAUAAAGUACCGGGUCAACUUCAGACUCCUAACUUGAACAGUGAUAGUCGGAGGCCUUCAGCUGGUAACUUGUUCCAGAUGCUUGGUCAGAAAAUAUUACCUGUUGUGGGCGGAGCGAGUAAGACCGUAACAUCACAAUCUAGUCAAGUUGCAAACCAGAACACACUAAACUCAAACCAAGUACAACAAAAUCAACAAAUGAUGAUGGGUAGUAAAAAUCAACAACAGGGCGGCAUGGGUAAUAAUAUCCCACAAAUGGGGUUCGGAAACAAUCAACAACAAGGUCAAUGGUUCAAUAACCAGCAGUCUAAUCAACAGCAGAGUUUCUACCCAAAUCAGCAGAACCAAAUGGGUCCAAAUCAGUUUAACUCGAUAUCCGGACAGCCGCCUAUGGUACCUGCAAGAAGAGGCAUGCCCUACAGAGGCAGAGGCUUCUACCCAAGAAGGGCGGGAUUCCAUCAUGGAUUCAAUAGGAUGAGACACUCAAUGCCCGCAGACCAGAGAUACAUGCGUGGUGGAAUGAACUCCCCUUUCUCCCCCUACGGUCGAGGAUCAUCGAUGCCAGCUUCGCCUAGCGAUAUAAACUCGAACCGGAAAGUAUCGGCGCCUUCUUUUACAAUGCCUAACUACCAGGACCCAUCCCAGUACGGAAUGCAAAACCCUAAUCAGGGCUAUAACAACGGAGGGAUGAACCAGCCUGGCAGUAUGCCAGAUAGUCCCCAAAUGAUGACACAAGGAGGUCAAUCCGGCAUGUACCCUAUGAGUGUUGCGGAAUUCGAAAUGGACGGGAGGCAUCAUAGAACUGGAGGCGGAAGGAGGAGGAUGGGGAAGAGAGGGAUGCUGGACAAGCAUGACUCAUUCAGUUCGGAUAUGUCGGCUGGUGAUUGGAGACCUGGAAUGACUAAGACAACGCCUGUGCAUUAUUACAACAGAGGAAAAAGUAGAUCUAACUCCCUUCACUCUACUGUUCGGGACUCCAGACUGAAGGCAAUGACUGGGCGGGGCCCAGAUGUGAUGGGUUUACUCCAUAGAUCCUUCAGCAGCAGUGGUGAAGAAGAUGAAUUGAGAUCAACCACUGAGAUUUCCAGUCUGGGGGACGAGUUCUUUGACGAUUCAGACUACAGUAUACAUUCAGAUUCAGGCUGGGCGGAAUCCCUCAUGGAUGAUGACGUCAUGUCUCUUCCGGCGGGUGUUUUGGGAGUGACUAACUCAUCCGCCGUUUCGGUGGCCGGGGGAGCCUCGAAUUCACCCUCACUCACAUCCGCCAGGCACUCUGUUCACUGGCUACCCGAUCCAGAAACUAAUAACCUGAUUGGCCGAAUGGUGUUGCCGAGAACACGCACAGGAGAACUGGGCUUGAAAGUCAGAGGAGGUCAAGUGAUUACACCCGGUCAUUUGGGCGCAUUCAUCAUUAGCGUGAAGCCUGGAUCGGCAGCCGACUUGAUAGGCAUGCUAAGACCAGGAGAUGAAGUGCUGGAGUGGAAUGAUCAGCCGCUGCGCAACCUCAGCAGGCUGGAGGUCACUGAAAUCAUUCUGGAGUCUAAGAGAGACACUCACGUACAACUGGUUGUAUGCAGGAGGGAUAUUGAUGUACCAGUGGCUCUACCUUUUGACGACCCGAUUCCGGAAGUAGGCAGGACAGCUGGCAGAAAAUCUCACCUGCCCAGUGCACGACGCCUGCCACUUCAGGAUCAGCUGGCAGCUUCAGUUGGCUCCAAACUGCAGUUGAAAUUGUGGUAUGAUAAACUGGAGCUACAAUUGAUUGUGACCGUAAUAGGGGCGUUUGAGCUGUCGCCCAGGGAAGAUGGGUCACCGAGGAAUGCUUAUGUGAAGAUUCAUCUGCUGCCUGACAGAAGUGAUGAGCUGGUAGGGAGAACGAAGACAGCUCUACACACUUGUAAGCCCAUCUGGAACAUGAGUUUUGCAGUGAAUGUGACAUCGGAACAGAUGCAGCUGGACAAUGAAUUGGAACUGACGAUCUGGGAUCUAUAUAUGAAGUCUCAAAGAAGACAGUUCUUGGGAGAAGUUGUGCUCAAUCUGGAGCGUGCUCUGCUGGACGAUGAGCCCCACACAUAUGAGUUACAGCCUCAUGACGAACAUGGCCCCACACUCCCUCCUCCCAGUCCUCUGCCCUCAGCAUCUAUGAACAAUCCACCCAUGAUCACAAGUAUCGGCUGGGACGAAUAUCUUGAAGAUUCUUAUGGCGAGAUCAACUGGACUGCAGUUGAUAAGCUGCUCAGCAAUUUGCGAAGUAUUCCCUUGCCAGACUUAGGCAAAUUGCAGGGCCUUAUGCAAAGAGUGAUUCUGAAUGGAGGAAACUUGGCCAGCACUUCGAUUGCUGAUUUGAGAGUUCUAUCUGAGAAGUUAGCCAGAGACGGCGUCUCGAAUAUUGGCUUGGUGAACCGAGGAGACGGGGCUGAGGACGAGGAUGAGGAAGAAAUUGAUUCGUCGAAUCGAUUUCUUUCAAGGAAUUUUGAAAGAUUCUUUCCGUUGCGAGAUCUCAAAGGGUCUCGGUUUGUGUCAAGUAUCGCUAAUCUCUAUAGCGGAGAAGGAUUCCGAACUGCUCCUGAUUUUGAAGACCGCGGUACCCCAGUUGGAACUAUGACGGCUCCGAAUACUCCCAAGCACUUACGCAAAAGCUUCGUUGGAGGCCUUUCAAAUAUAUUUCCUAGACGCAACUCAAUAGACAUUCUGGAAUCAACAGCGGGUCCAUUACAUUCGCGACAGAUUAUAUCUCCCGGAGGAUCUCCGCUGGAGGAAAGAGGUCAUGUGUAUCAUCAGAGGAGUCAUUUGUACCCUGGAGAUAGGGAGAGAGUGGAAUCGCCUUUAAGAUACGCUGAAAUUCGAAACGAGCAGAGAGAACUGGACGAUUUCGAUGAUUACGAUGACCGGGACAAAUUGUCACCUGUCGGAUCAUGGAAAUCCCAAACAACUCACAGACCAUACGCGCCUUCAGCUGUGGCUGACAGCCAGUCACAGAAAUCUCGCCGACAAUCGGAGCCUUACAUCAAAGGAGACCACGAAGUUGUCAACGAUUAUCUUUCGUACACGCCGCAUUCACGAGGGGAUACGGCUCAUUUCUCGGGAAGAAGGAGAAAUUUAACGAAUCGCGGUGGUGUGCAGUCUCGUAUCAUGCACAGAAUGAACGUGAACGAACAUGAAUUAGUAGCUAGUGAUAGAGACGAAAGAUUCAGUGAUUUCGAAGAUAGAUUGAGUGAUAGAGAUCGAAUGGGAAGACGGGUUAAUGCAGAUGACUGGGAUACUAUGAGUGACAGAGGGGGUGCUAGUAGACAUCACGGAGGCAGGGCUGCUGGAGGAACAAAUGGAAAAAGAAGAAGAGCAUCUGAAAUGAAUAAACGGAAUCUACAUCAUAAUAGGAACGAGGGAUACUUUUCACCUAUGGGCUCAUCUGACCGGUCUACCCCCACACGUGCUACAAAUAUCAGGGGAGAUCCGGGUGCUUCCUCGUCAACACUGACCCCACCUCUCCGAGCAUCGACAAAUUUGGACCAAAACUACCACAGGAGAUACAGUCGCAAUAACCAAGGCGCAAAUGACGGCGGGAGGGGCGACGUCCGUAGAAGGAAUACAAAUGCAGGAGUUGGAUCUCCCAGGGCCGGAAGCAGGAAUAGAGAUCGAAUUGCGGAAGAAGAUGACGAGUUUCCAAAUAGACCCUACAAGAAAGAUAGCGUAUCAAGUAUCAGGGAACACAAACAGAAGCAAAGUGUACCCGAAAUGAUGACUCCGCCUUACUCUCCGCCUCUGGAACGAGACCGAGACAGAGAUAGAGAUAGGAAUAAACACAAUAGAGAUGGCAAGGAUGGAUCGAAUUAUCACCUGAAGCCACGUAGCAGAUCAGGAACGACGUCGACUACGAGGAGUGAGGAUUAUGAAUACGUAUCAAAAACGAGGCCCAAUGAUUUGAGUGUGUCAGCUGAAACAGAUGGGAUAGGGAGUAAGAAAGUGGCAGAUGCGUACAGUAUCUUCUCGGAAGAGAGCAGCAACCUGUCUAGUCUGAGUGCCCAGAGUGCGCCGGCAGUGGGUGCCAACAAGACCGCUGCCUCCUCCGCCACCGUCUCAGUGUCAGCAGAGCACAGGUUGGAUGUACUCAGCAACAACAGUGCACAGUCUGCUUCAUCCUCUGCUGCUCUUGAGAGUGGGGGUGGUACUGGCGCGGGUGUAAGUGGAGGGCAACAAGGAAGCAAUAGUCUCAAUGAUGACAACAGAUUAAAAGAAGGUGCCUUGGACACAUCUCUAUCCGAACACAGACUGACAGCAUCCUUAAACGAAGAGGGUCGCAGCCUCUCCUUCAACGAGGAAGAUGUUUCAGUCAUAAACGAAGACGGAACAGUGGAGAAGCGCAAAGUCAGCGAAAUGGGACUAGGGGGGCUCCAGGAACAAGGAAGUAUCAGUGAUGGGGGAGGGGAAGGAGGAGGGGCUAACCAGGACGGGGAGUCGCACGGAAGCUUGGAUCCGAACAGUGCGAUUAGCAGAAAGAAGAGAAGGCAGAGUGCGGCUAGUAAGAAGUUCGGAGCACUGGCCAGGUUCUCGAAGAAGAGUAACAGUCUCAACAGUUUAGACCGUAAGCAGAAAUUGGUGGUGCUGAGGACGGAGGAGGUGGGCUUCCACACUGAAGAGAACUUCCUGCAGAGGAUGGACAGUCAGGAGACACACGAUGUUGCAGUGAGACAAUCACUGGCUUCGGACCCGAUGCUCCAAUCGCAGCUUCGUCUUCCACCAGAACACAAACUGACAAACUUCGUGGAAGAGCUGGGUCCGGGCCAGUUAGUUGGCAGACAGGUACUGGGAUCUCCUUGUCUGGGAAGUAUCCAAGUUGGAUUCUCUGUGAAGAAGGGAAUCCUGGAACUGGAGAUCAUCCGAGCGAGAGGGCUGAUGGUGAAGCCAGGUGCACGUGACUACCCGGCGCCCUACGUGAAAGUUUACCUGAUGAAGGGAAAAUCAUGCUUGGCCAAGGCGAAGACCAAAUCUGCUAGGAAGACUCUGGAUCCCCUGUACCAGUCUCAGAUCACAUUCGAAGAGGAUCCUUCUGGAAAACUGAUCCAGAUAUCGGUUUGGGGUGACUACGGACGCAUGGACAGACGCUACUUCAUGGGAGUAGCUCAAGUAGCACUAGAUGAACUAGACUUGAACGGAAUAGUGAUUGGCUGGUACAAACUAUUCACGACAUCCUCAUUAGCCGAGAGCAGAUCGCAACAGCAAAAUAACACAUCAACAGCUGGAACGCCAGUUAGUGCCCCCGGGGAUGUGCUGGCUACACCCAGUGCAGCCACUACUACGUCACCGGUCAGAUAGUAAAAACUGAAAACGUAGAUGGUGACUGAACAGAAACGAAUUGGUGACGCAAUAACAAAUACACGAUUGUAUGUCCAUGUCAGUCAUUUGAUUCUCUCAAUCUGCAUCAUUCUAGGGGCCUCAUCUUGUUAUACAUCAGCUCAUACGAGUUCAGUCCGUAGUUUUAACUGAAAGAAGAUUGCCUUUUCGUAGAUAAAACAAAACAUAGAGACAUCAUUUUGAAGAAUCCUCUUUAGCUCAUCGACUAAUAAACAUCACACGGACGAAAGGCGAACUGGAUAAUUUUCGCAACUGAUUUUUGUUCUUUUCGUAUUUGCAAUUGUAAUUUGAGUUAAUUUCAAUAAUUAUGAAUUUAUCAAAGGAAAUUAAUUUUUACCGCCA